AUGAGGAGAAUUGCCUUCUACCUUUUCGCUUCUGUAUCAAAGUGGAGAUUUGUCAUGCAUAUGGGCUGCAUUCUCUUUGCUUUCGGUUGGUGUUUAGUAGUUACAUUUUUAGAAUCUUGCUGUGAGGUUGCAGCAAAAUAUCCUAGUAUCAAGUACAAGGAAAUUAUUUUGGACAAUUGCUGUGUGGAACUUGUCUCAAAACCUGAGAAAUGUGAUGUAAUGAUGACUCCUAAUCUUUAUGGCAAUCUAGUGGCAAACACAGCAGCUGGUAUUGCUGGAGGCACUGGGGUCAUGCCCGGAGGAAACAUGGGGGCGGAACAUGCAGUCUUUGAGCAAGGUGCGUCAGCAGGGAGCGUGGGGAAUGAGAGGGUAGUGGAGCAAAGGAGGGCAAAUCCAGUGGCUUUGAUGCUGUCAUCGACAAUGAUGCUGAGGCAUCUUCAGUUCCCUUCUUUUGCCGACCGUCGUGAGACUGCCGUGAGGCGGGUCGUAUCGGAGGGCAAAUUCCGCACCAAAGAUCUCGGCGGUGACAGCACUACUCAGGAGCUUAUCCAGGCUGUCAUUGCCAACGUCCACUAA